AGAGGGUGAGGCUUGACCCAGACUCUGAAACCAGCUUGAGGUCCAUGAAGUCAUUCAAAGACAAAACAACAUUACAGAGAAGAGCCAGGGAAGGGCUGUCUAAGAAAACAAACGAGAGGAAAUGGAGGGGAGGAUUUCUAGCUUGUCUCUGCUGUUUCUGGUUUUGUCUGGUGUUGGCGCCCUCCAGGUGAACAUCCCACAAGAGACCUAUGAGCAUGCCAGGGGUGACAACAUCACAUUACCCUGCACCUUCACAACUUUGUCCAAUAAAAAAGCUGUCAUCAUUUCAUGGUCUGUGGAGGGAGUUCAAGCUGGUGCUAAAGAGACCCUGAUUCUCACACACUACUACCCGUCUAAGGUUACUGACAUCAAACAAAAAUAUGAAGGUCGAGUGUCUGUUGACGUGGAUGUUGCAAAGGGAAAAGCUGACCUGAAACUGAACAGGAUCACACUGGAGGACAACAAGGAUUUUGAGUGCCGUGUCCAGAUCCCAGGGGAUGAUGAGGGCAAGCCGGCCGACACAGCUCGUCUGAUUGUCCUGGUUGCUCCCUCCAUUCCCAUCUGUAAGAUCGAGGGAAAGGCAGAGUAUGGCCAGAACAUCAACCUGACGUGUUUUUCUGAGGAGGGCUCCCCACCGCCCACCUACAAGUGGGAGAGUCGAGACGUCAAGAACACGCCUCGCCUUUUUGCCCCCAGAACCACCGACAAGAAUGGCAUCUUGUCUCUGUUCAAUAUCUCCAAAGACACAUCAGGCUUCUACAUUUGCACCUCCAGUAACAAGAUCCGUGCUAAGACCUGCAACGUCACCCUCGCAGUCAUGCCACCUUCCAUGAACAUUGGCUCCACUGCAUUAAUCAUUGGUUUAGUUGUCCUGGGGUUGAUCAUCCUUAUCGUCGUCAUCUAUUGCUGCUGCUGCAGGAAGAAGAAGGAGAAGGAAGAGUAUGCCAUGGGAGUUCGGGAGGGUGAGUACACCGACAAAGAACCGACUAGAAAUGGAGAGAGUCGCCAUGCUGAUGGUCAAGAGGACCCAGGAGAUCAUGAAGAGACCAGAGCUAGGAGCCCAGACCGCUACGAAGAACGAAGUGAGCGCAACUAUGACAGUCGCAGGGAUUAUGACGAUCGCCGCAGUGAUUAUGAUGACCGCCGCACUGACUACAAUGACCACCGCUCUGACUACGAUGACCGCCGCUCUGACUACGAUGACCGUCGCUCUGACUACAAAGACCGCCGUACUGACUACGACGACCGCCGCUCUGACUACGAUGAUCGCCGAAGUGACUACUCUGACCGCCGUGACAAGUACAGUGACCGCCAUGAGCGCUAUGACGAUCGCCGCUAUGAUGACGACCGCUAUGAUGAACCCUAUGAUGACCGUCGACGUGAUGGACCACCUACACCACCCAAUAACAAACCAAGGAGGGACUACGACGACUGAGGCCCACCAGCUGAAUCUCCACUUGCUUCUUCUUAAUCAUCUUCAGUGUCCAUUUUCACACAGCGACCAUUUUCAUUCAAAGUCUCUUCCACUUAAAAAUGCUUAAAAGGGACAUAUGCAAAAAUCACUUUUCAGGCUAUUUUAACAAAAAUGUGUGCCCCUGGCCUGUCCACAAUCCCCUCAAGUACCAGAAAAAUCCAUUCCAUCCCCCGGUCUUUCUCCACCUUUCAGAAAAUGUGUGCUAAAACAAGCUGUUCUCAGAUUUUCGCUCAUAAUGUCAUGUGGGGAAAACCAUGUGGAUGAAUGCGUCACAUCCAUUAAGCCACAUCCAUUUCCUGAGAGGGGCAGAGUCAGAAAGCUCAAUAACAUUUAAAGCCACA